AAUGAAAAUUUUACAGUUUAUCAUGUACUAAACUGUAUUAUUAAUGCCUAACAAAAAAUCGAUGAGAGAGUGAAAAAAAAAAAAUACAGAAGAGCAUUUCGAUUUAGAAGAGAAGAGAAGCAUAGACAUAAAACUUGAGUUUAGACUAUAGUCAAUCAACGAUGGGGGAUAAUAUAGUGGGUAUUGAAUAUAAUAGAGUGACUAAUGCUAGUUCAACUGACUUCCCAGGUCAUUCCAGUAGUGAAGAUAAUUCAUGGGAUAUUGAAAAAUUCAAAGAUCAAUUUGAUAUUCAAAUUUCAUAUAUAACUGAAAGAACUGCCAAUUUCGAUUUAGUUAAUAUAGAUACUUCUAUAUCCAAUGCAUUCCGUCGUAUCAUGAUUGCUGAAGUUCCAUCUGUGGCUGCUGAGGCUGUUUAUAUGUUUAUGAACACCAGUGUUAUACAAGAUGAAGUGUUGGCUCAUAGAAUUGGGUUAAUUCCAUUAAAGAUUGAUCCUGAUUUAUUAAAUUGGGUUGAUAAAACUCAAGAUGAAAAUGAACGUUAUACUGAAGAAAACACUGUUGUAUUAUCAUUAGAUGUGGUUUGUUCCAAAAACACACAUGCACCAAAGAAUUCCACUAAUCCAAAAGAAUUAUAUAAAAAUGCUCAUGUUUAUGCUAAAGAUUUAAAAUUUGAACCUCAAGGUAAUCAAGCUGAAAGAUUUAAGAAUAGUCCAGUUGUUGCUUCAGAUCCAGAUAUUUUAUUAGCUAAAUUAAGACCAGGUCAAGAAAUUUCAUUAAGAGCUCAUUGUGUAUUAGGUAUUGGUAGUGAUCAUGCUAAAUUUUCUCCAGUUGCUACUGCAUCUUAUAGAUUAAUGCCAGUAAUUGAUAUUAAAGAACCAAUUAAAGGAUCUUCUGCCAAAAGAUUUCAAAAAUGUUUCCCAUCUGGUGUUAUUGCUAUUAAUAACAAUGGUGAAGCUUAUGUUAAAGAUGCUAGAAAGGAUACUGUUUCAAGAGAAGUAUUAAGACAUGAUGAAUUUGAUGGUAAAGUCAAAUUAGGUAGAAAGAGAGAUCAUUUCAUCUUCAAUGUUGAAUCCACUGGAGCCAUGUCACCAGAAGAAAUUUUCUUCAAAUCAGUAAGAGUAUUGAAAAAUAAAGCUCAAUACUUGAGAAAUUGUCCAAUUAGUCAAUAGAUCAUAUAGAGUAUUAUGUAAUUGGUCUCUUCCACCACCCCUUGUAUAUUAAAAAAAGUAAUUAUAAUAAUUGAAAACUUUGUAUAAACUUUGAAUUGUAGGGUUAGAUCUAUCUUAUCAAUAAUGAUCUGCGAUCUAAUGACUCGGUGUAAAUGAGGUGAAAUCUUUCAUUUACUACCAUUGUAACUUGUUUAUCUCUUACUCUAGCACAAAUAUACGAGCAUAACAAAUCCCAACCUAAUCCAGAUUAAAUUAGUGUAAAUAUAUAACCCUUCAAUUCAAUUUAGCAGCUAAAAAUAGUCUUCGCUUAAGUUGCCCUCAUAACUUUUUUUACGCGAUGUGUGUGUGAGUGUUAUGCAACCAUUUAUCGUUGGCAAUCACAAAAGAUAGAGAGAUCAAAACCAUAUUUGCCCCCUAGAUU